AUGAGAUACAAUACAACUGAUCGUUAUGUUCAUAGUGUAGCUGUAGCAGGUAUUGCUCAAAAUAGUACUAAUGAUGAACAUUUUAUAUUUGUUUUUGCUGCGGAAAAAAUGUCGACAAUGACUCCAUAUGUUUGUAUUGGUCAUAUGAUAAAAUCAACAUGUAUCUCAACAGUUCAAUGUACAGACAUGGGUACAGGAGGAUUUUCUCAAGAAUAUUUUCUUAUUGGUGUCGAUAGUAAUGGCACUUUUGCUUAUGGUUUUACGAAUUCAUUUGCAUUUAAAUUAGAUAUUUAUGCGAAUAGUAUUAUUGUAAACGUUACGAUGGACUCUGUUUGGCCAUCAUCAGGCUUUAUUCCACAUGCCGUGGAUGUAGCUAAUACAUGGGCAGUAAUUGGUGGUUAUGGAUAUUUCGAUGAUGUGAAAAAAAAUUAUGCUGCAGUUGCAUGUAUUAUUAAUCUUGCCGUCCUAAUAAAUGCAUCUUGUACAUCUUUGACUUCUGAAACGACAUAUUUAGUACCAUCAAAUGUUAUCUCAUACAAUGAACUUUAUGAAUUAUCAGUUGCUAUUCGUGGUCAAAGAGUUGUUGUUGGAGUGCAUAGACUUUCAACAUUUGUCAUUCUUAAAAAUCUUGGAUCAUCAUUAAAUGUCACUCAUAUACAUACGUUAUCAUAUGCUGAUGCUUCUUCAUUUGGUCGUGUCGUAGAUUGGGCAGAUGAUAUAACAGUUGCUGUAUUAGUUCUAAAGCCAGAUGAAACAUCUUGGUCAAAAUCACUAGUAUUCUUUUAUGAUGAACAUUCAGUUAAAUUGACUACUCCACUCUUUACUUUUCCUAAUAAUCAACAAAUAUUGGGUACCCGUUUGUCACGUCCAUCUUUUGCUCGAUUUGGUAUUACAAGUGGAGGCAAUAUGGCUAUACUUACAGAAAAUGCUGAUAUUUUAAUUAUUCCUUUUACUCCUGCUGGUUAUACAUCGACAUGGAAUGAGACUACAGAACGUGUAUUCGUAUUUUAUUUUAUACAAAAACUUUGUAUCGGUGGAACAUAUAAAAAUCGUACAAGUGUAGGUCCAUGUCAAAUUUGUCCUUCAGGUACUAGAAACUCUGGCACACUUGAUAAUGGAGUCCUUCAAUGUAUAUCAUGUUCAAAAAAUUCCUCAACUUCAUUUUGUCCACUUGCAUCAUUAGUUGAUAUUGACUUGAGUACAGUACCUUCCUAUAGUCAAACAGUUGCCUAUCCUGAAACAGGUGAUACAACAGAUAUGGAAGAUCUUCUCCUAAAAAAUAUGUUUCAAAUUAGUUCUGAUUCACGUUGUUUAGUUAUUUCUCCUCUUCUUUGGACAUUAAUUGCCGGUGGUGUCAGUCUUUUUAUUUUACUGCUUAUGAUUGUAAUUAAAUUCUUUGGAUGCGAACAAUGUAUAAAAUGUAGAAAAAAAGCUAAAGAUAUUUUUAAACAUACAGAUAUAAUUGGUGAAGGUGAAAUGUGGGCUGGUGGAUUAGCAACAUUAGCUAUUAUUGUUCUUGUUUCGUUUUCUUAUUGGUUUUCAAUAUCAUUUAUACGACGUUAUCCAAUCGAAGACAUCAAUGAACCAGCUACAUUUACUUGUGAUCAAUCAUUGGUUAAUGCACAAUUUUCUAGUGGUCUUGAACUUCUUGAUAUUCCUAAGUCAGAAGAAGCUCAACCAAUAUUUGAUCUUCUCGAUGCACAAAUAUUUUAUUUAACUGUAGAAUUAAUUAAUACUGGAUUUCUAUGUAAUUCUAUUACUACACAAGAAAAUCUUAGUGGUACUAAAUAUGUUUCAUUAACAAAUAAUUGCACACGAUUAAUUUCGGAAGCGACAACAUCAGUAACACUUUCUAUGCCAAAACAUGAGACAACUGUACAAAUUAAUAUGACUGGUCCUUAUUGGAUUGGUGCUAUUCGUUUGUGUAUUCGAGGAAAAGGUCAAUCAAGUGUGAAUAGCACCUUACAAGAACUAGAUUUUUGUCACUUUUAUUCAACAUCUAAUAAAGCUAUUGGUAGAAUAACAUAUAUUCCAAUUGUACUUAUUAAAAACAUCAAUAUGACACAUGCACUCAGUGAAUCAGAUCAAACUAAUUAUUCAGGUUUAUGGAUACCAACUUUCACUAAUGGGUCACUAUCGGAUGAAGAAUACUAUAUUGAAUUUGGAAAUUAUUUACGUUAUAUGUCUUCAUUAACUGUUAUUCAAAUAAUGCUUGAUGAACGUCCAUUUUUUAUUAAAAAUAUUGAAGAACCUAUUGUUCGAACAGCUGAAUUAAUUUUUAAGGUUUUAUUAUUUACUUCUUUAUGUAUUGAACUAUUUGCUUUUAUGUUUCUUAUUAUUAAUCUUUUCAUUUUACCAUUAUUACGAUCGAUUUUUUAUUUAUGGAAAAAAUGUCGUGGUCAAAAUGUUAAAUCAGAUAAUUCAAAUAGGUCUACUAAAUCAUCUUUACGUUCAAAUUCUUCGAACAAAAAAGAUUCUAUCCGGAUGAUGAAAAUUGAUCAAUUGAUGGCUCUCGAAACGAAUCCACGUGUAUUGAAUCGAAGUCACCAGGACAAGCACAACAAAUAUUUAAUAUCGAACAUUGAACCAAAUUCAUCUAAAAUUAAUUAUCGAUUUUAA